CUUAUCUGACAUGCCCAACUCACAUCAAACUCGCAAACUCCCCUCCGUCAACUAGACCACCACGUCGGUUAAAAUAAGCAAUCCUACCUAAUUAGCAACGGAGUUAGAAUGCAAGACAGAAUGUCAAGAGAGGGCGAUGAUAACAGGCACAGCGCCUUCUUUUAUGGUACGCGACGGCCCCCUCUUAUGGCCCCAGAGGUGUUUUACUCCGUCUGCUAUGGCGACAAGGAUGUGCACCCGUCUAUCGCGGAGCUUCACAGCUUCCACCCCGCCGUCCUGCACGGGUACUGCCGCCGCCGAGUCCGGUGGGCCGACUACCCAGGGGUUAUCGAGGAUGCGAACCACCAGGUGUUUGGGACGUAUGCUACAGGCUUGACAGACGCGAACAUGCAGAAGCUAGACACCUUCGAGGGCAGCGAGUACGUACGGCGCAAGGUUAAGGUGAGGCUGCUGGCCAAGGUCGGCAACGCCAAGGGGGAAGGCAACGUCGAGGGCGAGGAGAGGGAGGCCGAGGUCUACGUCUUCAUUCGCGAGAACGAGCUCGUGGACAGGGAAUGGGACUUUGAGGAGUUCCGCCGGGAGAGAUUGGGACUCUGGACCCGGGGGGUUAGAGAUUAGGACUUCGGGACGAACAUCUCGGUGUACUUGCGACAACGAUGUCCAAGUGGAAACUCAGAAGCCAUGCAAAUUAACCGGCAGCUUGGCGUCAAGGAGAACCACCGACACAACUUGGAGUAGAAUUAACUGCGGAGUAGAUAUCUACCUAAUCCUACACUAGAUAUUAGACCAGGG